CGCUAACCAUUGCACCUGGGGCUAGGAGCCAGCGCCGGAGCCAGGAGGCCCGCUCGGCGGCUGCAGACGCUGUGACGGCCACCUGGGGGCGGCCACGUGAGCGCCACGCCGUGAGCCCGCCAGGCCAGCCCCGCCCCUGCCCGCCUGCUUCUGCUCAACCUAGCCCAGCCCUAGCUCCAGCCUCAGCUCCCCUCCUGCCCGGAUCGAGCGCCCGCACUCCCGGCCCUGCAGCCACCCGAGUCCCGCUCGCUGUAGCCUGCACGCGAGUCCCUGGCACGCGCCUCUCGCAUCCCGGGAUCGUCCUAGUGGCCCCCGCGCCCUUCCUGGGAUCACUCCGGCGGCCCCGAGCCCCGGGAUCGGUCCAUCUGCCCCGCGUGGCCCCAGCUGCGUGCCCGGAGCGCCAGCCAGCGCGCCCCGCUCUCCGCUCCCCGGCACUCUCGGGGGGCCCGCCCGCCCUGCACCCUGGAGCUCCGGGCCGCGAGCCUCUGCCAACUCCUCUGGAUCCUUGCGGCCGUGAACAGCGGCUGCCGCGCCUGUCUGCCCGAGGGAGGACCUUCGCCUCUGCAUUUGCCCAGUAACUCUGGCUGUGCCGGAUACUGCUUGGGUAAAACGAGUACCCCAGGAACAUGGCAGACGAAGAUCUCAUCUUCCGCCUGGAAGGCGUUGAUGGCGGUCAGUCCCCCCGAGCUGGCCAUGAUGGUGAUUCUGAUGGGGACAGCGACGAUGAGGAAGGUUACUUCAUCUGCCCCAUCACCGAUGACCCAAGGUCGAACCAGAAUAUCAAUUCCAAGGUUAAUAAGUACUACAGCAACCUAACAAAAAGUGAGCGGUAUGGAUCCAGCGGGUCCCCGGCAAACUCUUUCCACUUCAAGGAAGCCUGGAAGCACCCCUUAUCGAAGGCCAAGCACAUGCCUGCCCCACGACCCUGGGCUGAGUUCCACCUAGAAGACAUUGCCACCGAACGUGCUACUCGACACAGGGUUACAGUGUUGGGGGCCCCAGAUGCAGAACAAGCCAGACGUGCGUCUGGUGAGGCCAAGCUCUGGGAGGAGUAUGUGUUUUGCGUUUUCAAGAAAGCCCCCAAGCAGGUGGACAUCAUGCAGAUGUGCAUCAUCGAGCUGAGGGACAGACCGGGCAAGCCCCUCUUCCACCUGGAGCACUACAUCGAGGGCAAGUACAUCAAGUACAAUUCCAACUCUGGCUUUGUCCGUGAUGACAACAUCCGCCUGACACCGCAGGCCUUCAGUCACUUCACGUUUGAGCGUUCCGGCCAUCAGCUGAUAGUGGUGGAUAUCCAGGGAGUUGGGGAUCUCUACACUGACCCACAGAUCCACACAGAGACGGGCACUGACUUUGGAGACGGCAACCUAGGUGUCCGUGGGAUGGCGCUCUUCUUCUACUCUCAUGCCUGCAACCGGAUUUGCGAGAGCAUGGGCCUUGCUCCCUUUGACCUCUCGCCCCGGGAGAGGGACGCGGUGAAUCAGAACACCAAGCUGCUGCAAUCAGCCAAGACCAUCUUGAGAGGAACAGAGGAAAAAUGUGGGAGCCCCCGAGUAAGGACCCUCUCUGGGAGCCGGCCACCCCUGCUCCGUCCCCUUUCAGAGAACUCUGGAGAUGAGAACAUGAGUGAUGUGACCUUCGACUCUCUCCCUUCUUCUCCAUCUUCGGCCACACCACACAGCCAGAAGCUAGACCACCUCCAUUGGCCAGUGUUCAGUGACCUCGAUAACAUGGCAUCCAGAGACCAUGAUCAUCUAGACAACCACCGGGACUCUGAGAAUAGUGGGGACAGCGGAUACCCCAGUGAGAAGCGGGGUGAGCUGGAUGACCCUGAGCCCCGAGAACAUGGCCACUCAAACGGUAACCGGAAGUACGAGUCUGACGAAGACAGCCUGGGCAGCUGCGGACGGGUCUGUGUAGAGAAGUGGAAUCUCCUCAACUCCUCCCGCCUCCACCUGCCGAGGGCUUCGGCCGUGGCCCUGGAAGUGCAAAGGCUUAAUGCUCUGGACCUCGAAAAGAAAAUCGGGAAGUCCAUUUUGGGGAAGGUCCAUCUGGCCAUGGUGCGCUACCACGAGGGUGGGCGCUUCUGCGAGAAGGGCGAGGAGUGGGACCGGGAGUCGGCUGUCUUCCACCUGGAGCAUGCGGCCGACCUGGGCGAGCUGGAGGCCAUCGUGGGCCUGGGACUCAUGUACUCGCAGCUGCCCCAUCACAUCCUAGCUGACGUCUCUCUGAAGGAGACAGAAGAGAACAAAACCAAAGGAUUUGAUUAUUUACUGAAGGCCGCAGAAGCUGGCGACAGGCAGUCCAUGAUCCUGAUGGCGCGAGCUUUUGACACUGGCCAGAACCUCAGCCCAGACAGGUGCCGAGACUGGCUGGAGGCCCUGCACUGGUACAAAACUGCCCUGGAGAUGACGGACUGUGAUGAGGGUGGUGAGUACGACGGAAUGCAGGACGAGCCCCGGUACACGAUGCUGGCCAGGGAGGCCGAGAUGCUGUUCACAGGAGGCUAUGGGCUGGAGAAGGACCCGCAGAGAUCAGGGGACUUGUAUACCCAGGCAGCAGAGGCAGCGAUGGAAGCCAUGAAGGGUCGGCUGGCCAACCAGUACUACCAAAAGGCUGAAGAGGCCUGGGCCCAGAUGGAGGAGUAACCAGGGAAAAUCACUGCCAGCUAGUCCCAAGCAAAAGGGCUAGGAGGAAAUAUUUAAUUAAAAAAAACAAAAAACAAAAAAAAAAAACUUAUUUAGUUUGGGGAGGGAAAGCAUUUUUAGUGUGUUGUAAAUCAAAUUUUGUAUUUCAUUUUUUGACUCUUGAAAAUAUCUUUGCUACUUGGCAGCUACCAGCAGAGACUCUAUAGCUGUCUCUUAGGGCAGUAUUCUGGGGAAGCGGGGCUUGAAAAAAGCAGUCUAAUGAACCAACAUACUGUUUUGCGGUUCUUUUUUUUUUUUUUUUGAGACAGAGUCUUGCUGUGUCACCCAGGCUGGAGUACAAUGAUGUGAUCUCAGCUCACUGCAACCUCCACCUCCGCCUCCCGGGUUCAAGCGAUUCUACUGCCUCAGCCUCCCAAGUAGCUGGGAUUACAGGUGCACACCACCACACUCAGCUAAUUUUUGCAUUUUUAGUAGAGAUGGGGGUUUCACCAUGUUGGCCAGGCUGGUCUCGAACUCCUAACCUCAGGUGAUCCACCCACUUCAGCCUCCCAAAGUGCUGGGAUAACAGGUGUGAGCCACCAUGUCUGCCCAUUUUGUGGUUCUAUUUUCAUUUUUGUUUCUUUUUUUUUUGUCACGAGAUAUAAGAAAGUGCUUUUUGCCUUGAAUGGACAAUUUUAGGGCUCUGCUCACUAGUCUUUUCAGGCUGGACUGAAAUUUCAGGCCCAUGGAGCCCUGUGUUUUGUGCAUCAGGAUAAGAAAUGAAGCGCUGCACGUUGGCUUUCCAAAGUCACAGGGUGUGUGUUGCUGUGGCUUAGUGCAAAGCGUUCUUUCUCAGAGCAUUUAGAGGCAUGCAUGGCAUUUUUUCAGUGGGUGUGAGAUUGCACAAUACCCAGGCUCCCUUCUACCAUGGGGAAGGACCUGCAUAUUGGCUGGUUUUUAAACUUCUAGUUUAAUUUCCUUCCAUAAUGCUACUGAUUUUCUGGCGUACAGCCGAAUUCCGUUUUUUUAAGCAUGCUUUCUACGGUGGGCUUUUCAAAACAGGUUUGAAUUUUGUAUGCACACAUUUACUACCUCUAACUCCUACAUCAGCUAGUGUGGAAGAGGGGUGCACCUCAAAGCUUUUACACGUAAGGACAGCGGCUUGUAAUGUUGGAACCUUUCCUUGGAAUGUCGGAGCCUUUUCUCCAAGCAAACACGCCCUGUGCAUCUCAGUGGCAGCUUCCACAAUGUGACUGCAGUGUCUCUUGUACAGUAUUCCUCGGUGUUUCCUUAGCGUCUGGAUGUUCUUACGUGAAAUCCGCUCCCCAGCCCUGGUUGUUGGCAUUUUCUGCUUGAAGCUGGGCUGAUUUUCUUGUAAUUUGCAGCAGGACGCUUUCAGCAGCAGUCCCUUGGGAUUUUAUCUAAGCUGUUUGAGGAUGAGAGGGCAAGAACUAUAAAUGCUCAUUAAUUCCCGUAGUCUCCCCAGGGCCAGACAAUGGUGAUGGUUAUUUAAUGAGCUUUUCCUUUAAACGGAAUUGGGUUCUCACAUUAGUAUGAUUUCAUUUGAUGUUUCAAUAGCAAAGAUGCUGGGCGCGGUGGCUUCUGCCUAUAAUCUCAGCACUUUGGGGGGCCAAGGUGGGAGGACUGCUUGAGCUCAGGACUUCAAGAGCAGCCUGGGUAAACAUGGCGAGACCCUGUCUCUACCAAAAAAAAAAGACAAACUGCUUUGAUCAACCCUAAAUUCAAAAGCAGCCUCUUUUUCUGUAUUUAAAAGUCAAAACAAAAAAGCAGAGUAUAACAUACAAACCAUUCUUAACUGUUCAUUAAAAUGGGUCCUUCAACACCUUAGCGGGGUUUGUUGUUGUGCUUAUGCACAGAGACUAUUUUCUUUUUAUUAUUAUAAUUUUUGAAAUAGAGAUGGGGUCUCACUGUGUUGCCCAGGCUGGUUUCGAACUCCUGGGCUUAAGUGAGCCUCCCGCCUCAGCCUUCCAAAGUGCUGGGGUUACAGGCAGGAGCCACUGUGCCCAGCCAACACUUUAGUGUUGCAUGAACCCAUGCAAGUGGUAGUUCCAAAGUUCAGUGUGUACCCUCAAAUGAACAAUCAAGCAGGUAAAAUUACCCUUGAAAAAAAUCCCUUAGACCACCCAUAAAUGACAGUGACUUUUUCAGUAUGGACUCAUCAUAGCCAGUUUUCCUUUUGAAGUUGGAACUGAUCACCCUUUUGUCAUCUGUACCAGAUCAGUAGUUGGCUUGUGUUACAUUUUGUGUGUGUGUGCGCGUGUUUUAAACCAGUGCAUAUAAAUUGUAUGUUAAAUGUAAGUAACUUUAAGAUGACUUAUCUCUUCACAGUAAUCAAGCCUCAUAUAAUUCAUGCUUUUUAAAUUCAGCCAGCCCCCCCAUCUCUCUGAAAUUUUAUUAUGUAAAUAAUUUGUGUUCCCUGAUCACUCGCUUAAAUUCUUUGUCGUAUGUCAUCUCUUCUCUAGCAGGAAUUGGCAAACUUUUUUGUAAAAGGGUAGAAAGUGAAGAUUUUAGGCUUUGCAGGCCAUAUGACCUCUGCUGCAAAUGCUCAACCCUCCUGUUGUAAUGUAAAAGCUGCCACAGACACUGUGUGAACACGAAUGAGUGUGGCUGGUGUUCCAAUAAAACUUUA